CGUUAUUCUCAUUAUUUUUGUAAACUCCAAUUAUCAUACAAUGACUAAAUCCACCUUUCUUUUUGUCUACAUCAUCCUUAUUCUAGGAUCAAUGGUGAAUGAGAUUCAAGGACAAAACGCAAUAUGUCAAAAGUUUUUAUCGGAAACUGAUUGUGGUGCUGGCUCGUGUACCGCGUUGUGCUUGCAGUUAUGGAAAGGAAUUGGCAAAUGUAUUAAAACAGAUGAUCAUAAAUUAUUAUGCCUCUGCAAAUAUGAGUGCAUAGUUUGA